UAUAAGAGUUGUGCUUGGUGUACACAUAUUGGUGUAUACUUUUUGUACAUUCAUCUGUCUCACGCACACAAAAUUGUCUGUUCACAGACAAUUCUACAGAGUUGUUUGUGGGCAGACAACUCUGUUUGCGUGAGAUAGACAAAUGUACAAAAAGUAUACACAAAUAUGUGUACCCCAACAUUUUUCAAUUUAUAAACCGAAAUAGGACUAUGAAAGGGGCAACAUCGAGAGAUCUAUCAUCCAUCCCAUUUCUCUCCUAAUUUCUUCACCCCAAACAAUCUCAAUCCAAACCAGCAAUACUUGCAUGAAUGAGGAACCAAAUAACGAUCUACCCCGUACGCGAUCAUUUACCAAAUUAAUUACGGUUCAACAGAAAAACGGGGAGGGACCCACUGGUUGUGGGCCCACAUUAUUCCGGUUCCUUGUUAAAACAACCCUGAGCCGUCCAUCAUCAUCACCUUCUUCUUCUUCUAUGGUAGGGUUUUCUGGGUCCCUCCAGAGAGUAAGUGGGCCUCCUUCUAGGGUUCCUUCCUCUCUCUAUAUCUUCUCUUCAUACACGUAAUAUCUUUUCAAUGCUUUUAUUUUCAGGAAAUAAAACACAAAUUCCAGGCUAGCUUCAGUCAACGAAUACAAGGAUAUGCUUCUUCAUCAAACGACGCCGUGGUAGAAGUUGCAGCCGGUUCUGUUUCCGGUAAUUGAUCGCUUUCUGGAUUCGAUUUCUGAAAUUAGUUUUCGGUCUGUGUAAUUAUGGCGUCCAGUGAAAUUCGGCAAGAGAAAUUCGAUGCCGACGAGGAGGUGAACGGUCCGGCAGAUCCGCUGCUGGGAGACCCGCUCGAAUACACGAUUACGGCGGUCGGUCCGCCGUCGGAAGCGUUCGGCGCUGGUUCCUCGAACAGUCUGGCCUUGUUGAAGGCGGAGCCGGUGGACAACAAUUUGCAGGUGGCGGUGCCGCUUCAGGUCAAGCCAUUGGCGAAACGGUCCUCCAAGGACCGCCAUACCAAGGUGGAGGGUCGGGGGAGGAGGGUUCGCAUGCCGGCGGCGUGUGCGGCGAGGAUUUUUCAGUUGACCAGGGAGCUUGGCCACAAGUCCGACGGCGAGACCAUCCGGUGGCUCCUCGAGCGGGCGGAGCCGGCCAUCAUUGAAGCCACUGGUACGGGUACGAUUCCAGCUAUCGCCGUCUCCGUGAACGGUGAGCUUAAGAUACCAACGACUUCCCCGGCGACGGAAAACGGUGGGGUCGGUGGAGAAUCCUCCUCGACGAAGAAGAGAAAGAAGGGUCCCAACAGUGAGUUUUUCGACGUGAAUGGGCCUUCCCAUUUUGCCCCUGUCUCUCCGAUCAGUCCACAGGGGCUGCUUCCUGUGUGGGCAGUUGGUUCCGGGAACGGGGUAGUCCCCACCGGAGCUGUUCCCGGCGGGGCGUUCCUGAUGCUGCCGCAGCCGACGUCAGCCGCCGGAGGUUCAAGCCAAGCCCAGUUGUGGGCGAUCCCUGCGACGGCGGCCGCCGUUUACAGCGUCCCGGGCAGACCGAUUUCUAGCUUCGUCUCCGCAGUGCAACCGGGCGUUUGCUUUCCCCACGGGGAAGUUCUAGCCCAGCCGAACUCCUCCGCGUCAAACGGCAGUUUCGGCCCAGAUAACAAUUCCGGCAAGGAGAUGUCCACAAUGGCCCCCAUUUCCAGUUCUACUAGUCCCACCAGCUCCUCAAACGGCGCCGUAACCACCGCCCAAAUGCUCAGAGACUUUUCUCUGCAGAUUUACGACAAGAGAGAGCAUCAAUUCAUGGACGCUUCCGGGUCUCCAUCGAACGAGCUUACCCACAGAACGCCUGAAAAUCACAACCAAAGAUGAGAAAUGGCCGUAAUCAGUAAUGAGCUAUAAUCUUUUUUUGUUUUGUUUCAAUUAGUCAUUAGUUUGAUAUUAGCAAUGUCUAAUUGUCCAUGUUUUCAGUUCAUCAAAUGGAACUGUAUAAAGAUUGUUUUUGUAUUUUGAUUUAGCAGAUCAUAUCAAAUGAUGGUUGGAUUGAACUUUUGAGAUGCUCUGAUGUUGUCAAUUCACUUGAUUAAUGUUUAACAUGCAUAUCUUUCUAAAC